UGGGCUCUGCAGUCCUGGUGGCCCCGGGGAUCGGGCUUGGAUGCUGGGCAGGGAUCCUGGGCCCCGCGCGGCUGAGACGAGGAGCCCAUGGAUUACCAGUGUGCCAAUAGAAUCCCAACAUCCUCUAUUAUCUUUCUCUGAGUGUAGAGGCCAGAAGAGGACAGAAUGGCUUUUCACAUUCAAAACAAGGGACUAAUGAAUGUCAAAGGGGUUAAUUCCAAAUUUCAUGAUACAUUUUCUGGAAGACACAGGACAAUUACAGGGGCUUAUAAAGAAGUUUUAGGAAAAUUGAAAACUGCAUUGACUUCAAGAUGUGUAAGCAAGCACUUACCUUCUAAAAAGGACAUUUAUGAAGCAGACUAGGAAAGACUGGAAAGCUUUAAAGCUGUGAUCUUGGCAGGUUCACUUCCAAAAACGAUUUGCAAAUUAAUGUUUUUUUGCAGAGGUCAUAAAGAAACCAAGAAUAUUUCAGGGAAGGGAUGAUAAUAUAUGAAAAAAUGUCCAUAUGCAACCAGCAUACUGACUUAUCUCAACAUCCCCAAUGUAAAAAUCAAGGUUUUACUGAGAAACCCUAUAAAUGUAAGGAAUGCGGAAAAUCCUUUAAACGAGCUUCACACCUUACUCAACAUCACAGUAUUCAUACUGGUGAAAAACCCUAUGAAUGUAAGCAAUGUGGAAAGGCCUUCAGCCGUGAUUCUCAACUCAGUCUUCAUCAGAGACUCCAUACUGGUGAAAAACCAUAUGCGUGUAAGGAAUGUAGCAAAACCUUUACUCAGAGGUCACAACUUAUUUUGCAUCAUAGAAUUCAUACUGGAGAAAAACCAUAUAAAUGUGAAGAAUGUGGGAAAGCCUUUACUCGUAGCUCACAACUCUCCCGUCAUCACAAAGUUCAUACUGGUGAGAAACCUUAUAAAUGUAACGACUGUGGAAAGGCCUUCCCUCAGAACUCACAACUUACUCUGCACCAGAGACUUCAUACUGGUGAAAAACUUUAUGAAUGUAAAGACUGUGCAAAGGUCUUCACUCAGCUCUCACAACUUGUUCUCCAUAAGAGAAUUCAUACAGGUGAGAGACCCUAUAAAUGUAAGGAAUGUGGGAAAGCUUUUAUUUGUGGCUCACAGCUUUCUCAACAUCAGAAAAUUCAUAAAGGGGAAAAACCAUAUGAGUGUAAGGAAUGUGGAAAGGCCUUUAUUCGAGGCUCAUUACUUAUGCAGCACCAGAGGAUUCACACUGGUGAAAAACCCUAUCAAUGUGAGCAAUGUGGGAAGGCCUUUCUCCGUGGUUCACAACUUAGGCAACACAUGAUUGUUCAUAGUACUGAGAAGCCCUUUGAAUGCAAGGAAUGUGGGAAAACCUUUAGUCAUGGCUCACAACUUACGCAACAUCAGAGAAUUCACACUGGUGAGAAACCUUACCAAUGUAAAGAAUGUGGGAAGGCCUUUAAUCGUGGCUCACUUCUUACUCGACAUAAGAGGAUUCAUACUGGUGAGAAACCCUACGAAUGUAAUGUAUGUGGAAAAAAUUUUAAUCGGGCUUCAGAACUUACUCAACAUGAGCGAAUCCAUACUGGUGAGAAACCUUAUGAAUGUAAAGAAUGUGGGAAGUCUUUCACUCGAAGCUCACAGCUUACCCAACAUCAGAGAAUUCAUACCGGUGAGAAGCCCUAUAAGUGUAAAGAAUGUAAAAUGGCUUUUACUCAGAGUUCACAUCUUUCCCAACAUCAAAGACUUCAUACAGGCGAGAAACCUUAUGUUUGUGAUAAUUGUGGCAAGGCCUUUGCUCGAGGCUUACUCCUUGUACAACAUCAGAGAAUCCAUACUGGUGAGAAACCAUACCAGUGUAAGGAAUGUGGAAAGGCCUUUGUUCGUCGUUCACAGCUUACUCAACACCAACGAAUUCACACUGGAGAAAAGCCCUAUAAUUGCAAAGAGUGUGGGAAGGCUUUUAGUCAUGCCUCUCAACUGACUCUCCAUCAGAGAAUUCACACUGGUGAGAAGCCUUUUGAAUGCGAAGAAUGUCAAAAGGCCUUUACUCAGAGAUCUCAUCUGUCUCGACACCAGAGAAUUCAUACUGGCGAAAAGCUAUAUCAAUGCGAGAAGUGUGGGAAAACUUUUACUCGUGGUUCACAACUAACUCACCAUCAGAGAGUUCAUACCUGUGAAAAAGCUUUUGAAUAUAAGUAAUGUGAAAUGAAUUUUAAUCAUGGCUCAUAGGUUUACAUAUGGAUUGUAGUUUAUGUAGAAAAUAUGUGGUCACUCACUUGCUAUUAAAGACUCUUCUCAAUGUAAAUAUGAGUGCAUAUUUGCAUUUUAGAGUUCAGCAUCAGAGAUUUUGCAUGAAAUAAGGAAUAUGAAAAAUCCAAAAGCCUGUUUAUCUUUAAAAUGUUAUAAUGGAGAAUAAUUCUAAUAAUUCAUAAAUUUAGGAGAUCCUUUAGACUUAUCAAGGAGCCCUGGUAGCAUGGUGGUGUAAACCCACAAUAUUAGAAGUUUAAACCCAUCAGCUACUCACUGGAGUAAAGAUAAGGAUGUCUGUUCCUGUAAAGAUUUAGUUUGGGAAACCCUAUAGAGGGUCACUAUGAGUCAGAAUUCACUCAAUGACAGUGGGCUUGAGCUUGGUCUGGUUCUACUGGCUGGUUUCAUUUGUGACAUCAUAAUACUUCAUCUCUGGCCUGAUCUAAUCAAAGAUCCCUGGCAAUGCAAUGGUUAGUGCAUUCAGCCAUUAACUAAAACCUUGUUAGAUCAAAAGCCAACCAUCCACUCCAUGGAGAAAGAUGUGGCUUUCUGCUUUGGUAAAGAUUUCAGACUUUGACACCCAAUG